AUGGAUGGAGAAAACAGAACCACAGUGACAGAGUUCAUCCUCUUGGGGCUCUCGGGCUCUCCCUCCCUGCGGCUCACACUCUUCGUGACGUUCCUCACGGUGUACCUGCUCUCCCUCCUGGGGAACACCCUCAUCAUCCUCAUCGUUCUCACGGACCCCACCCUCCAGACACCCAUGUACACCUUCUUGGGGAACCUGUCCUUCCUGGAGAUCUGGUACACGACAGCCACAGUGCCUAAGCUGCUGGCCACCUGCCUCUCCGAAGCGGUCACCAUCUCUGUUCCGGGAUGCAUUGCCCAGUUCUAUUUCUUCUUCUCCUUGGGAGCCACAGAGUGCAUCCUGCUCGCCGUGAUGGCCUAUGACCGGUACGUUGCCAUAUGCAGCCCUCUGCGCUAUGCACUUCUCAUGAAUGCUCACAUCUGCCUCAGGUUUUCUGCUGGAUCCUGGACUGGGGGCUUCACUGUUACUCUCCCAACUACCAUACUUGUCUCUCGUCUCAAUUUUUGUGGCCCCCAGAGGAUCAACCAUUUCUUCUGUGACUCAGACCCCAUUUCUAAGCUCUCCUGCUCAGACACAUACUUUGUGGAGACCGUGGGCUACACGUGUACCUCUGUUUUUAUUCUCAGUUCUUUCCUUCUUACUUUCUCCUCUUAUGCCAAUAUUGUGGCCACAGUAGUCAGGCUGGCUUCCAGAGAGGCUCGGAAGAAAACUUUCUCCACCUGUGCCUCCCACCUCACUGUGGUUACCAUCUACUAUGGCACCCUCAUGUUUGCCUACGUCCGCCCUCCGGCCAAGUACAACUUCACCAUUGGCAAAGUGGUGUCCGUGUUCUACUGUGUGCUCACCCCACUGGUAAACCCUCUGAUCUACACCCUGAGAAACCAGGAGGUGAAGAAAGCUGUCAGGAAAGUUCUGGCACAAAAAGCAUUUUUCUUCACUAGAAAUACCAAGAAAUUUUGA